AUGUUGGCAUCUAUAAGAAAGCUUAAAAAAAGUGAAGAUUUCACUCUUUACUUUGACGAAUUAGUAUAUCCAGAUGAGUUUCCAAAGAUUCAGCCUGGCUACUGCACAGAGGAAUGUAAAGAAAAAAUGAAAGAGAUUUAUAGAAUAACAUUGGAACAGGAUGUGAUAUUUGGAUGUAUCGAGAAUUUUUCAGUACUCCACCCCCCUGUCUCACCUCAAGAUGAAUAUGCUAGAAUGGCAAUAAAAGCAAUCAAAGUUGGUAUUCAAGAUGGAAAGCCUGUUAGAUUAUGUGAGUUGCCAUCUGGUGGUCAAUGUGAUUUGAUGCAACAAACCUACCUCAUUCUGAAGAAGAUGAAUAGGAAAAAAAUAGAAUAA